AUGACUAAUGGCUUUUCAUCAACAAAACAACAUUCUCCCGGAAUAAAUACUGGAUUUUAUGUUACACCUACUAUAAGUAGUGCAUCUAUUGCUGUUGGCUUUCUUUUUGCGAUUCCAAAUGAUGAUGCUAAUCGUGAUCCAAGAACAGUAACUCUUGAAGAAACAAAUGCAACAAGUACUGCAGAUUUCCAUUUUGGAACAAAUUGGAUAUUGAUUUACAGCGAUUCAAUCGGUAUUAGUGCAUCGACUCCUCCUGGUCGUUUAACAUAUGUUUCUCAACAAUAUUUCUCCAACACAAUUGCCUUUAGAAGUUAUCGACUUCUUGUUACUUCAGAACGUGGUACUGAGAAUUUAGUUCAAUAUGCCGAAGCUCAUAUAAUUGGAUAUAUUUAA